GCUGACCCUGGCGACGGGACGCUGGCCCCAUGUUGAUGACAUCACUUCCGGGGUGGCAAGUUCAGGCUUUCCUGCGCCUGGGAAAGAGCGUUCAAUCGGCUUUGCACGGAAAGGAGAUGAGUACUAGCUACUAACGUUGACGAGUAAGGAAUUACCCAUACAGUAAAUAUGCUAAUAUUGAAUAAGACCGCAGGAGUCUUUUUUAAACCAUCAAGAAGGAAAAUUUAUGAAUUUUUAGGAAGUUUUCAUUUUCAUCCUGGAAAACUAUUUCUUCAUAAACUAGUAUUGGGAAUUGAAACCAGUUGUGAUGAUACAGCAGCUGCUGUAGUGGAUGAAGCUGGAAAUGUUUUGGGAGAAGCAAUACAUUCCCAAACUGAAGUUCAUUUAAAAACAGGUGGGAUUAUUCCUCCAGUAGCUCAACAGCUUCAUAGAGAAAAUAUUCAACGCAUAGUACAAGAAGCUCUCUCUGCCAGUGAAGUCUCUCCAAGUGAACUCUCAGCAAUUGCGACUACCAUAAAGCCAGGACUUGCUUUAAGCUUGGGCGUAGGUUUAUCAUUUAGCUUACAACUGGUAGACCAGUUUAAAAAGCCCUUCAUUCCCAUUCAUCACAUGGAGGCUCAUGCACUUACUAUCAGGUUAACAGAUAAGGUAGAAUUUCCGUUUUUAGUUCUUUUGAUUUCUGGAGGUCAUUGUCUUUUGGCAUUAGUUAGAGGAGUUUCAGAUUUUCUUCUUCUUGGGAAGUCUUUGGACAUAGCACCAGGCGACAUGCUUGACAAGGUAGCAAGAAGACUUUCCUUAAUAAAACAUCCAGAGUGCUCCACCAUGAGUGGUGGGAAGGCUAUAGAACAUUUGGCCAAACAAGGAAAUAGAUUGCAUUUUGAUUUCCAACCUCCCAUGCAACGUGCUAAAAAUUGUGAUUUUUCUUUUUCUGGACUUCAACACGUUAUUGAUAAGAUGAUAAUGCAAAAGGAAAAAGAGGAAGGUAUCGAGCAGGGGCAGGUCCUGUCUUCAGCUGCAGACAUUGCCGCUGCGGUCCAGCACACCGUGGCCUGCCACAUUGCAAAAAGAACACAUCGUGCUCUUCUGUUCUGCAAGCAGAGAGGCUUCUUACGUCAGAGUAACACAGUACUGGUUGUAUCUGGAGGCGUCGCAAGUAACUUAUAUAUCCGAAAAGCCCUGGAAAUUGUGACCAGUGCAACAGAGUGUGCUUUGCUGUGCCCGCCCCCCAGACUCUGCACUGACAACGGCGUUAUGGUUGCGUGGAAUGGUGUUGAAAGACUACGUGCUGGCUUGGGCAUUUUACACAACACAGAAGGCAUCCGCUACGAACCAAAAUGUCCUCUUGGAGUAGAUAUAUCAAAAGAAGUUGGAGAAGCUGCUAUAAAAGUGCCAAGAUUAAAAAUGAAGAUUUGAUUUUUGCUUAAAAAAAAAAGUCCCUAAAGGUUUUUAUUUUUUUGUAUAUAAAAUAUAUAAUAUUAACUGUU